AUUUGCCGGUCACAGGUUGCCGGUUGGCCCGUUUCUUCUCAAGAAUCUCUGAAUCUCCGACCCGUCCCUUCUCGGAUCGAAAAGAGCUAUUCCUUUCCUCUCUCUCUCUAGAGCUUGGAGCUGAAGAUUGUCUUCUUCUGGCUGAUCGGAAAACGUUAAGAUGUUCAAAUUCUUGAAAGGCGUGGUCGCCGGAUCCGGUUCUGGCACCAAUAAUCUGCCUUACAACAUUGGCGAACCUUACUCCUCUGCUUGGGGUUCCUGGACUCACUAUCGCGGCAUCUCCAAGGAUGAUGGAUCUCCUGUGUCAAUAUUCUCUCUUUCGGGAAGUAGUGAUGAUGGCCAUAUAUCAGCAGGCAGAAAUGGGGUUAAGCGCCUCCGUACGGUGCGCCAUCCAAAUAUAUUAUCUUUUCUUCACAGCAGUGAGGCUGAAACUUUUGAUGGUUCUAACACUAAGGUGACUAUAUAUAUUGUUACUGAGCCUGUAAUGCCUCUUUCAGAAAAGAUCAAAGAAUUGGGUUUGAAAAGCACACAGAGGGACGAAUACUAUGCAUUGGGAUUAAAUAGAAUAGCUAAAGCUGUCAGCUUCUUGAAUAAUGACUGCAAACUAGUCCAUGGAAAUGUUUGUUUGGCAAGUGUUGUUGUUACUCAAACAUUGGACUGGAAGCUUCAUGCUUUAGAUGUUCUAUCGGAGUUCGAUGGAAAUAGUGAAAACCCUACAGGGCCUAUGCUGCAAUAUGAGUGGCUUGUUGGUUCACAAUAUAAACCAACAGAAAUGUCCAAGCAUGACUGGACAACAAUCAGAAAAUCUCCACCAUGGGUCAUUGAUUCCUGGGGUUUAGGUUGCCUGAUUUAUGAGCUUUUUUCUGGCAUGAAGCUGAACCAAACAGAGGAUCUUCGAAACACAAGUUCAAUACCAAAGUCACUGCUACCAGAUUAUCAGAGACUUUUGAGUUCAACGCCUUCUCGCAGGUUAAAUUCGUCAAAGCUCACAGAAAAUGAGUAUUUCCAGAAUAAGUUGGUAGACACAAUCCAUUUUAUGGAAAUUCUUAAUUUGAAAGAUAGCAUUGAGAAAGACACUUUCUUCCGCAAGCUUCCAAAUCUGUUGGAACAACUUCCCCGCCAAAUUGUACUGAAAAAGUUACUUCCCUUAUUAGCUUCAGCUUUGGAAUUUGGUUCAGCUGUUGCCCCAGCUUUGUCUGCAUUACUUAAAAUGGGUUCUUGGCUUUCACCUGAGGAGUUUAGCACUAAGGUGUUGCCAACAAUUGUCAAACUCUUUGCCAGUAAUGACCGAGCUAUUCGUACUAGUCUCCUCCAGAAUAUAGAACAAUUCGGAGAGUCUCUUUCAGCUCAAAUUGUUGAUGAGCAAGUUUACCCCCAUGUUGCCACUGGAUUCACAGAUAAUUCUGCUUUUCUACGGGAAUUGACACUUAAAUCAAUGCUUGUUCUGGCUCCCAAGUUGUCUCAACGUACUAUCUCAGGAUCUCUGUUGAAGUUUCUAUCUAAGCUCCAGGUUGAUGAUGAACCUGCUAUUAGAACAAAUACCACUAUACUACUUGGAAAUAUUGCUAGCUAUCUCAAUGAAGGGACACGGAAAAGAGUCCUGAUAAAUGCAUUUACUGCUCGUGCUUUGCGUGACACAUUUUCUCCUGCUCGUGGAGCUGGAGUUAUGGCUUUAUGUGCUACAAGUUCUCACUACGACUCUACUGAGAUUGCAACUAGGAUUUUACCAAAUAUAGUAGUGCUUAUAAUUGAUCCUGACAGUGAUGUUCGAUUGAAAGCCUUUGAAGCUGUGAACCAGUUUAUGCAGAUUGUGAAGCAGCACAAUGAAAAGAGCUCGGGAGACGCUACUGCAUCCGGCAGCAGUGUACUCUCAUCAAUGCCAACAAAUGCAAGCAUAUUGGGAUGGGCCAUGAGUUCCUUGACCCUUAAGGGAAAACCUUCGGAAGCUUCAACCACCUCUGGGCCUAUUAAUCCGAUAGCCGAUACCGCUAGCCCAGGUGAGACACCAAUGUCUAUCAAUGUAAGCCCGACUCCAUCUUAUACAACUGAACAACCUGCUCCUCCAUCUCCUACAUCAACGGAUGGAUGGGGAGAACUGGAAAAUGGCAACCAUGAAGAUCUUGAAAGUGAUAAAGAUGGAUGGGAUAGUGUUGAAGAUCUAGAAGAGCCAAAGCCAUCAGCAGCUCUUGCAAAUAUUCAAGCUGCUCAAAAGCGGCCUGUCAUAUUACCCCCCACAAAACCACAAGUUUCAAAACAAAAAGUUGCAGUGAAAGAAGAAGACGACGACCUUUGGGGGUCCAUAGCUGCACCUAAACCAAAAUCAUCUUCAAAACCAUUGAUCCCCAAAAGCAUCCCCCCUUCAAUGGAUAAUGAUGAUCCCUGGGCUUCAAUUGCAGCUCCUCCACCGACUACAACAGUCAGACCUUUGGCUGCAGGGCGAGGACGAGGGGCCAAGGCUGCUGCUGCCCCAAGACUGGGUGCUCAAAGGAUAAACCGGACAUCCUCAUCUGGAAUGUAGAUUUUUCAAAGCAAAGAGGAAAUAUUAAAUCUUGUGGUCUGCAUUCUGAUGAUGAUGAUGUUAAUAUAUUCAUGAGAUUAUAUGUGUGCAUCUAUCUCUAUAUAUUUUUUGUUUUGUAGAAUUAUCAUGUUUUUCAUCAUCAAAUAGCAAUAAUAUUCUUUAUAAUAUGUUAAUUAUUUGUGACUGAAUUGAACUCAUUCAUGAGUUAAUCUGAAAGGUAAAAGUUAUUACAUACAAUUUCUUCUUUGAAUUGAUUUCAAGGGUGUGUUUGAAAGAGAAACUCAUGUAUAGCUGUUAAAGGAUCAUUUUGUAAAACCUGGAGAAUCUGUUAUGAAGUUCCUUUUAAUUGUCAA